AUGAGCUUCCCAACUAGCAGUAUCGAAUUCUGUCCCGUCCGGACAAACAUCGACUGGUCCCAAGUCCAGUUCUCGGAUUAUCCUAAUCAAGAAGUGCAGGUAGCGGACUACUCCAAGGUUGAGUACUUUCAACCUUCUGACUCCGAUGAGGAGCAGAGUGAUGAAGCCGGCCACCACUCCAACGGCCAAAAUGGACACGCUGCUGACGGCGGUAAUGUAAGCGGAGGCGAUGGCCUCGCCUCUCCCACAUCACCUGGCGAUGGCACAGCGCCUAUCAGCAGCAAGACGGCCAAGAACAAGGCCAAGAAGGCAAAGCAGAAGGCAAAGGAGAAGGCAAAGAAGGCCGCUGCUCUUUCCGGGGAGUCCACCCCGUUGGAGACACCAAUGACGCCCUUGUCGCCUGUCUCGCCCACCGGCGAGUUUGGCGAGGGUGACCAGGCGGCUACUCCCAAGAGCAAGAGCAAGAAGAAGAAGAAGAAGUCCAAGUCCAAGAACAGCCUGGAUUCUGCCCCUACUUCUCCACCGCCAGAGCUUGCUUCUACCGAGCCGAGCAGCAUUCAACAGCCGCAAUCCAACGUUCAAGAAACGGAAGCCGCCCCGGAGCCCGUCCAGGAGGCCGUUGCGGAACCCACUUCAGCCUCAGAGCCCGCACCAGCCUCAGAGCCUGCCCCAGCCCCUGAGCCGGUGAAAGACGUGACGGAGGACGCCCCCGCUCCUCCCGCUGAAGCCCCCAAGGCCGUGGAGCCGGAGCAGCUCGAUCAGAGCAGCUCGAUAGCGGUGGAACCCACCAGUGAACCCAAUUUGGACAGCACCGCCCCCAGCGCGUCUGAGCCAGUUCCUGAACAGGCUCAGACCAACGGAGAUGGCUCUGGUCCGGUGGAAUUGAGCAACGGCACCGCUGGUGCCGAAGAGCUGCAAGAGGCUGUCCCCGAGGCCGCCCCUGUGGCUGGCCCCGAGCCGGCUGCGGACCCGGUCGAGCCCCUGGAGACGAAGGAGGAUGCGGCUCAGCCUAUUGAGGCGAAGGAGGAGGCCCACGAGCCGAAGGAGGACGCUACAACCUCGAAUGUCGUCAGUGACGGCCCAUCCUCAACUUCCGCGGAGGAGCCGACCAACAGCGACGGAUUGCAGCAGCCCGCUCAAGACUCGUCGAGCCUCGAUGUCAGAGACGAGGCCGCUCCGGCUCCUGAGGAGGCUAGCGAGGCCCCCAAGGAGGUCGAGGCUUCCGAGAGCAAAGAUGACGCCAGCCCCUUGAGUGACGAACCUAGUCGACCGACCGAGAGCAGCCAAACUGGAGAAGUUCAAGAAGAGGUCGGCCCCUCAACUAGCGAGACCAACGAAUCCGCUGAGGAACCCGAGAUCGUUCAGAGCCAAGAGUCAAGUGGAAUCUCCAGCGACGUGGCGGAACCCCAACAGGUUGCAAAUGGUGUUGCAACCAAAGCAGAGGUCCCUGCCGCAGUUGAAGAGGCAUCCGCUGCAGUCGAAGAGGCGCCUGCUGCAGUCGAAGAGGCGCCCGCUGCAGUCGAGGCGGCCCCUGCUGCAGUCGAAGAGGUCAAAGAAGCCGAUAAUCCGGUCUCGGAUGUAACGGAGGACAUCCAGGAAACACCCGUACCCGAGGAAGAGGUCUCCGCGAAAGAGACCGAGCAGACUGCCGCCCCGACAUCAUCCGAGGUCACAGAGAAGCCAUCUGAGACUCCGGUUGACGUCCAAGAGCAGCCCGUCAACACGGAGAGCGAGCAGGCGGCGCCAAUCAGCUCCGGGGAGGCCGAAUCUCCGUCGAUUGAGCAAACGCCAUCGGCGGCCCCUCUCAGCACCGACCAGCCUCAACCCGCGGACAGCGUCACGGAAGACAGCAAGCCGGAAGUCGCCGAUACCACUGCGCCAGCGAGUGAGCAGCCGUCCGAGCCUAUAGCACACAACGACGACUCUACACCGGCCGAACAGGCUCCCGUGCCCGAAUUUGCAGGCCUAGAAACGAAGGAAUCCUCCCAAGAUGAGGUUGCUGAGUCGCAGCCGCCGAGCAGCGACCAGAAGGAUGACAGCUCACCGGCCCAAGUCGAGCGAGCAGUCUCCCCGGCACCUGUCGAGCCUUCAACUAUCAGUGAGGAGCCCAAGGAGGACAGUAGCGCUCAAAAGGUCGAGGCAGUUCAAGAAGAGAGUGUCGAGAGCCCAGCACCUGUCUCCGAGGACGCUCAACGGAGCGUUGUUGAAGAAAGUGCCCCAGCGGAAAGCGUUCUCCAGGACGAUCAAGUCGCGAAGAGCGUUCCAGCCAGUACGGACUCGCCUGUCGAUUCCGAAACGGUUCCAAGCGUUCUGCCGGAAAGCACAUCCACUGACGUCGAGCCUACAACGGACAUCCACAACUCAGAGGAACCUACUUUGCCUAGCACUGCCGAAAGCGCUCCAGUCGAAGCUGUCAUCGAGAGCAUUCCCACUGCUCAAGAGUCCACUGCGCCCCCAAGCGAGCCCGCCGCCGUCGCAUCCCCGGCUGAGGAGCUCGAAGUGAAGGCCGAGGAAAUCGCUGGAGUAUCAGAGGCCCCCGCUGUCGAUGAAAAGCCGGCUUCCGAACAACCAGCAGUCAGACAGGACUCGCCCGCCAUUGAUGAUACACCCGCCGUUGAGGACACACCCGCCGUUGAGGGCACACCCGCCGUUGAGGAUACACCCGCCGUUGAGGACACACCUGCUGUCCAUGACUUGACCACGGAGAGCAGCAGUUUGCAGGCUCCUAACGACAGCAGCGUGGGCGGACCUCAAAUCGAAGAGGCUAAAGAAGCCGUGGAGGUGGCACCUGCCAGUGUCGAAGAGGCCCCAGUCACCGGAGACAAGGAAGCAGAGACACCGCAAAAAGGAAGCGAAGAGGAGGCUGCGCCCCUACUGGCCGAUGCGAGCGCCUCCGAGCCUCAGCCUGAGGCGGAAAAGGCCGCGGACUUGCCCGCUCAGACCGACGACGCAAUUGUCGAGAAAGCUGUGGAAUCGAGCCCACUAGGCGCCAGCGAUGCCCAAGAGAUCAGCUCUGAAGCGCCCGUGCCUCAGAGUGAAGUCUUGGAGAAGACGGAGCCCGAGCAUACUUCCGUGGACAGCCCCGUGGUUGACAGCUCUUCAGCCCCCAUCGAAACUCCCCUUCAGUCAGGAGAGCCUGAGGUCCAGCCUGAGGUCAAGGAAGACGUCAAGGAAGACGUCAAGGACGAGGUCAAGGAUGACGUCAAGGACGAGGUCAAGGAAGACGUCAAGGACGAGGUCAAGGAUGACGCUCAGCCUGAGGCCCAGCCGGAGGCCCAGCCGGAGGCCCAGCCGGAGGCUCAACCAGAGGCUCAACCAGAGGCUCAACCAGAGGCUCAAUCAGAGGCCCAGCCGGAGGCCCAGCCGGAGGUUAAAGAAGAGGCUAAGGACGAAGUCAAGGAUGAGGUUCAGCCAGAGGCUCAGCCAGAGGUCCAGCCCGACGUCAAGAAUGACAUCCAGCCUGAGGCCAAGGAUGAGGCCAAGGAUGAGCCCGCGGUUGAGGAGGACAAGGUCGAGGUGACUGAGACCGAAACUGCGCAAGGAAACGACGCGGGAAGCAAGCUUGAGGACGCGGUUCCUGCACCAGAGAAGGAUGUCGCCGAGGCUCCUGCUGAGGUAUCUGAGCCGCAGCCUAGCCCGAAAACAGAAGGUGUAUCAGAGCCAGAACCUCAACAGGCGGAAGCGGAACUCGACAAGCCAGUAGAGACACCAGCGCCGAUCACCGACUCACAGCCCGAGCAGGACGAGCAGCGCGAGAUUCCGCGAACAGGCGAAGACCAGCCGCAGCAGCAAAUCCCCAGUGACGAGCUCAAGGAGCCUGCCGUGGCUUUGGAGGACGGAACGGCGGACAAAGGUGAGGUCCCCCCAAUUGACGAUAUCCAUGAUGUGAAGAGCCAUGUUGCUUCAAAUCUUGUCGACGAAAAUCUGCCUGCCGUGGAGGAAAUCCAAAGCCGUGAUGUUUCAGCCGAGAACACGAACAUCCAAUCCCAAAUCGAGGAGAACAUCAACACUGAUGUGGGCGCGGAAGCUGUCCCAGUUACGACUGCGGACGACCCGUCUAAUGAUAAUGACUUAAUGACGUCAAACGACACUAUCAACCCAAUACCCAUUCAGACGAGCAUCGAAACGUCCGUUGUCGAAGCUUCAAGUCCUGUAGAGGACCAACUGGCAACAUCAGACGCCACUAGGCAAGCGCUUGAGGACGAAGAUCCGAGCAGCAACAGCCACGAUGUCCCAUCUUCCGAGGUCGUCAUCGAUUCCGGUAUUGCACAAGAGACAGCCGAGGAGGAGGCUCCACGAGAGGCUGUCCUAGAUGCUAGCAACAACACCCAGGGUGUGGAGCAGCAAGAGCAACAAGAUGCUCCCGUCACUCGGUCUAGCGCUGUUUCUGAGGAGUCCAACGAUAUCCCGGCUGUCGCAGCUGGCGCUUUGGCAGCUGGCUCGUUGUUGGUCGCCCCUGCGGUGGUGGAAGCUGCCGGCGCUCCUAGCCAAGAUGACAUCCAGAGCUCUCAGGACAACGUGGUCCGGGAUAUUUCUGAGGGUAUUCCCAGCGAGCCUUCAGCUCACGAUCUCCCCCCUCGCUCCCCCUCCCCUACCCCCGAUGCUGCUACGACUGUUGAAUCCUCCAAGUCUCCAUCUGCCGGGUCACAGUACGGCACUAUCACAUCAGAUCAACAAGAACAGCAAGCCGUUCAAAGUAAUGAAUUGCGCGAGCGUUCUACUGCCAGUGGUGCCGAAUCUUCAGCCAAGUCUUCUAAGCAGGACAUCGUGGUGAAGGAUGAGGUUUUGGCCAAGCCAAUCGCUGCAUCUACAACACCAGGCAAGCUUACCAUCCUUGCGUCCCUGGCCCUCGAUAUCCUUGAGUCGCCUGAUGAGCCAGAGCCCGUGAGUGCAGACGACAGUGGCCCGGUCGUCGUGCAGGAGGGCGUAAUUUCUGGGCCUGGGGUUGGGGAUGAAGAUCGGGGAGAUCGUGAUAGUGAAGUCGUUGUGGAAGAUGCUGACGAAAAGGAGAUCGCCACAAAAUCUGGUCUCGAGGAUGUUUCUCAGCCAGUAAUCGAAGACUCAAAUGACUUCUGCGGGCCGCCGAGUUCACCAAUAGUCUUACAACCAGUCGAUGAGGAUCCCGCCAUUUUUUCAAGCGAACAGCAGUUAGACCCGAGCACCGAAACGACACAAAUGCCACAAGAUGGCGAUUCCGAAUCUAGUCGAGUUUUGGAGCAACACACCGAACCGCCACCAGUACCGCAAGUCGAGCCUGGCAAACUGGGAGAAGAAUCCUCCACAACCCAGUCCGAGAAAGGUCCCGAGGACGACGCGUUGCCUGAACAACUUAUUCCCGAAGACAAAACAUCCAGCGAACCCCAGCAACAGCGUUCAUUGACCCCUGAUAUCAUCGAGAAUUCACAGAUUGGGUCCAGUGUCGAAUCUCCGCCUAGCUCGACUGAGAACCAAUUGCCGGAAUUCCUUCUCGUUGCACCAUCCGUGUCUGAUCAAAAUCUGAAAGAACCUGAGCAAGUCGACGAGCUUAUCGUCGACUCUUUGGGUGCCGAACAGCCCAGCGUCGAAGAGACUAGCGUUGAGCAGCCCAGCAUUGAAGAGCCAAGUCCUGGCAGCCCGAUACUUGUUCCUUCCACAGCCAACCAGCCUAAUCCUGCACUCGGGAUAGACUCUCCAUCCUCAGAGGACGCUUUGAAUGGCCAGGAAGAAAAGGUGGCCGAGCCUGUGCUCGCAGAGUUGCUCAAAGAACAAGAAGAUUCUCCCAGUCUGGAACCAAGCACGGUAGACCGGGCAGGACCGGAGAGCCUGGUCCCCCUCGAUGAGACAACUUUGGACAAAUUCCGCAGCUCAGAAGAACUCAAAGAAAACGAUGGUGGCCCUCGCUCCGAACAAUUGGACAAUGUCGAAAACCUGCAAGUCAUAGAUAGUGUGAAUUCAGAACAAGCAGAUGACUCGGAAGGCGUUCAACCUGGACUCAGCCUCGGACAAGACGGCCAAGAGGACACUGUCUCCCACACGCAGCCACUGGAAUCGAGUCUUGUCACGGAAUCUACUCAAUCCUCCGGCGGAUCUGUCAAUAUUACACCCGAUCUUCCCCUCGAUCAGGUAGAGAACGAACCAGCUGCCCUGUCAUCCUCCACUCAGUCCGGUGCUGACCCGAGCAACGACACGGAGCUUACUAAAACAUCACCUGUUGAUGCGCCAAGCGACACCGUUGAUGCACAAAACGACUCCCACCAGGUCGAGAGUGCCCAAGCUGUCGGCGAGAUGUCUGGAAGCGACACGAUAGACAUCUCUGAUGAAGUGGACCGAGACUUACUCGGGGGAGAAUUGUCACAAAACGAACAGGACGCACCUGGACCCUCGCUGGAAUCUUCGGACGUCUUGCCUAUAGAUGAGCAACCUCCCGCGGUGACAGAUCCAGCGGAUAGCGGUGAAACUCAAGUCCUGGACGGAUUGGAGGCAUCGCGUCAAGCAGAAACUGAUGACACCAACGAUGCCCUGGUCGUUAGCUCCAAAACCAGUCUCGAAGAGUUGCCACCAAGUACUACAGAGGAAGCACCAUCCGGCGACUCAUCACAACCACAACUUGAUACCGCCACCAACGAGGAACUCGCUUUAGACCGAAUCGUGGCAGAUGAUCAAGCCGCAGAUGUGGAAGGAACAAGUCCACCAGGCUCUUCCACUCCAAAUCUCGAGAGCCCGGAGCCAAGCGCCGAUCUGGAGCAAGGCCAAGGCCAGGAUGAAGGCCCCCAAGGCAUUCAGGAGGUGAAGGACAACGUGGAUCAAGCUGUAGCCCACACUGAUGACUUUGGUGACAACUCUCAACCGAAAGGUGAUCUCGAAACAUCAUCGGUGCUCGAAGGGGAGCCUGUCGUUCCCAGCCAAGAACAAAGCCAAGACAUCUCUGGAGGCAUCGAAGCCGACACACAACCUGGUGCAUCUUCCCAAGGAAUGGUCGAUCAGUCCUCAAGCGAGCCUGAGGCUGUCAUCGAGCCUGAGGCUGCCAUUGAACCUGAGGCUGUGGUCGAACCCGAGGUUGUCGUCGAACCUGAGGCUGCUAUUGAAUCUGAGGCUUUAGUUGAACCUCAGGCUAUGGUCGAACCUGAGGCUAUUGUCGAACCUGAGGCUGUCGUUGAAUCUGAGGCUGCCGUCGAACCUGAGGCUGUCAUCGAACCAGAUUUGCACAUCUCAAGCAGCGGCCACAACUCUGGACAUACUACCCCGAAACAACUUCCAGUUUCGAGCGAAGGCGAGGAAUCCUCCCAUGAUCUCGAAGGCCAGAACGCGCGCAACCCACCAACGGACCAGCGAGGAGAUCAUGUCGAGCUUGUGAAAGGGCCAGACAGUAUCGUUGACCAAGAUGGACUACAGCAAGAUGAAAAUGAAGCUCCUGGACAGUCUGUCCCUGAACCCGCCGUUGAACCUCAUGAAGAUGAGUUACCCCAGGACCAAAUCGUUUCGGAGGAUGCUGGGAUAGAUGGCCACGGUUCCAAAGAGCAAGAUUCAACUCAGGAGGUCGCUACACAAGAUUCUGUCUCUCAGGACAUCGACCAGCCACCUGAAAUGCCACUGGAGUCCAGCGUAGACCCGAUCAUCGACGGAAAACGUUCGACCGAGUCUCUCCCGCAUCAACCGGCCGAGCAGACAUCCGAGGAUGAUAACGAUAUCAAAAAUGCCGGGAUUGCCGCUGCCACUGCUGCCGUUGCUGGAAUCGCUGUUCACGAGCUCGUGUCGAGCAAGGAUGAUGUCGGAGACGACCAAAUAGCUGUUUCUGGGCCCACAGACGACGUCCAACGGCCUCGUACAGCUGACAAAGCUACUGGUACAUUGGAAAAAUCAGCACCAGAUCAGAAUGACCUCGAGGUGCGUUCGAUCUCAUCAGCUGCCCCCGACAGCCCUGAGGAAGUCUCAUCGCAACAACCACUGUCUGAGUCAUUCACAAUCGUCGAUCCACCAUCGACGAGUGAGCAGGAGCAGGCCAUUCUAGACUCGAGCGAAAAACCAGUACUCCUGAGCCGCGUUGAUUCAUCGACUCAAACUGAUGAGCUCUGGCGCCCUAAGACACCUCUGCCUAGGGGUAGCACUCCUGGGAUAGUGUUGCCGGACCCCAAUGACAAGGAGGUCAUUGGCAGGAGCCGAGCUAGGAGUGCCAGGAGAAUGAGCAGACAGAGUGUCCAACAGGCAGAAGAGGUUGUCGCUGCCGCAGUCAUCAUUCGCGCAGCGGCCGACACGCUUGGUGAAACCAGCGAUCGGAUGGCAGAUCACGUCAAGGAUUUGAAGCAACAUGGAGAAACAACCGCUCCUUCGAAUUUGCAGGUUGAUGGGAGGGGCAAGGAGUCUUCAAAGACAGAUGACAGGCUUCCGAGGUCGCCACGCUCAAGAGAACACCGGGCCAGUCACUCUUCGCGAUCUAGCCGCCCGAGCACACGUGAAGAUGGCACCACGAGGUCCUCGCACCACCGUCACUCUUCUCACAGGCAUCGUGCGGACGGUGAGCGGGAGUCUGAGCAGGUUCCGCGCACACCGCCUAGGCAUCAAGACACGGGUGAGAGCGCACAUGGCAGCCAUAGCUCCCGCUCUCGGCGCGAGCGCACACCUCAAGAACAAGCCGAGCAUGAGAGGCGAAAGGAGGAGCGCCGGCUCGCACGGGAGAAGGACAAGGCGAAGACGGACUCACCAGUCGCGGAGCCCAAGGGCAAGGAAGUUGAGGCACCGCCGUCGGCCGACCGCUCUCACCGGAGCUCUCGGCGCCACAGCUCCACUCGCCACAGCGUUGCGUCGCCCUCCAACACCGCCCGGACCGAAGCGUCUACUGCUGCGCCAAGCAAGAAGUUCUUCGACAUGAAGAACGGCCAGAGCGUGAUGGGCUCCAGUUUUGGCGGCCCUCUCACGGCCGAUACCGCCUCUACAAGUACCAAAGACAAGGACACCAUCUCGUCCUCUCGCCGCUCCAAGGAGGUCACCCGCCCACCACCAGUCGAGCUCAAACGCUCCAGCACCACGCGUUCCAGCAAGGGCGUGCGGCGCUCGCUUGAUCAGUCUAACGCGAAGCUCCAGAAGGCUCGCGAGCAGGAGUCCACGAAGGCGGCCAAGGAAAGCAAGCCGCGCAGGGAUGACAGCAGCUCUCCUGCCCCGGCGGAUGCAAAGAAGGCGAAGGACGACGACAAGCACCGCAAGUCGAGGCUAGAGAAGCGCGAGAAGGAGGACAAGGACGAGAAGAAGAAGAGUUCUGGCGGUCUGAAGGGCAUGUUCAAGAGGCUCUUCUCGAAUUAA